AUUACUUUUAGCUAAUAACCCCAAGACUUCAGUUAGCUGCUUUAGGUUCCAUAGAACGGGCGUGAUUUAGACAUACAACGGAUUUUUAAAUUUUUUUGUUAAAGAAAAGUGAAAAUUUUAUUAAACUAUUUUAAGGACUAAUUUUAUAAGAAAAAUAUUAUUAAACACUAUGGAUGGAAAUGCAGAAUACUAUGGUGAUGUUACUGACGACUUACCCGAUGAUGUACACGAUCCCAUUUAUUUGGAUAGCUAUAGAAGAUCUAUACAUCAACCCACAGACUUUUGGGAUAAAUUGGGACAUUUGUUAGACUGGAUGCGACCAUGGGAUCGUGUAUUAGAUAAUUCUAAUCCUCCUUUUACGAAAUGGUAUGUUGGAGGUUAUCUUAACGCCUGCUACAACGCCGUUGAUCGUCAUGUUAAACAAGGGAAAGGCAGUAAAGUAGCUAUCAUACAUGAUAGUCCUUUGACUAAUACUGUACGACAUGUAACCUAUCAGGAAUUAUAUGAUGAGAUUACCAAACUAGCCGGUGGAAUGGCUAAUUUGGGCGUAAAAAGAGGAGACAAAGUUGUCAUCUAUAUGCCUCGUAUACCUGAAACCAUAAUGGCUAUGCUGGCUACUGUACGUUUGGGUGCAGUGCAUUCUGUGGUAUUUGGUGGUUUUGCUGCCAAUGAAUUGUGUGCUCGCAUAGAACAUGCUGAACCUAAACUUGUUAUUGCUGCCAAUUGUGGCGUGGAACCGGGAAAGAUUAUUUCGUAUAUAGAUAUUUUACACAACGCAAUCAACAUGUCUAAAUGGAAGCCAGAUUGCAAUAUUAUUUUCCAACGCACUAAUGUUUUGCAAUCGACUUUAAAUACUAAAACCGAUAUUGAUUGGAUGACUGUACAAAAUUUAGGCGAACCCGUAGAUUGUGUACCAGUAGAGGCUAAUGAUCCUCUUUAUAUACUUUAUACAUCGGGCACCACAGAUAAACCCAAAGGAGUACAAAGACCUACAGGUGGUCAUUUGGUGACAUUGAUGUAUACCAUGAAAGCUUUCUAUGGCUUGAAUACCGAUGAUGUUUGGUGGGGAGCCUCAGAUUUUGGUUGGGUAGUAGGACAUUCUUAUAUAUGUUAUGGUCCUUUAUUAUACGGAGCCACCACUGUUUUAUAUGAAGGAAAACCUGAUAGAACACCAGAUCCUGGACAGUAUUUUCGCAUUAUUGAUCAGCACAAAGUUGCUUCACUAUUUUCAGUACCCACCGCUUUUCGCGUCUUACGUCGUGUAGAUCCCGAAUCCAAAUUUGGUCGCAAAUACUCUUUAAAAUCUUUACGUUCCAUUUUUAUAGCCGGCGAACAUUGCGAUUUGGAAACGAUGAAUUGGAUUGAGAAUACCUUUAAAGUACCGGUUUUAAAUAAUUGGUGGCAAACAGAGACUGGAUCUCCUGUAACAGGCACAUGUUUAGGAUUUAGACACAAUUUAAAUGUGCCACAAUUUACAACUGGUUUACCUUUUAUAGGAUACAAUAUUAAAGUUGUACAACCUGAUGGUAGCGAAUGCGAGGCAAAUAAAUUAGGUAGAAUUGUUUUUAAAUUACCAUUGCCACCUGGCAAUAUGUCCACUUUGUAUGGAAAUGAUGAACUUUUUAAGAAAUUAUAUUUCACUAAAUUUCCGGGUUACUAUGACACCAUGGAUGCCGGUUACAAAGAUGAGAACGGCUAUAUAUUCGUUACAGCCAGAGCAGAUGAUAUAAUUAACGUUGCGGGUCAUCGUAUUUCUACUCAAUCUCUUGAAGACGCCGUCCUCCGUCACCCCGAUGUUGUGGAUGCAGCCGUAUUUGGUGUACCCGAAUCCACUAAGGGUCAAGUGCCACUUUGUCUAUAUAUUCCACGAGAUAAUUGCUUAAAAACUAGUGCCAAAUUAUCGGCAGAAAUUGUACAGAAAAUACGAGAUGUUGUUGGUCCCAUAGCUUCAUUUCGUUUAGUAGCACCUGUUAAAGCAUUACCACGCACCCGUUCUGGCAAAACCAUGCGUAAAGUUUUGGCAGAUUUUGCUAAAAAUGAAUUAGUAGUUUUACCCGCAACUAUAGAAGAUCCCACUGUAUUUGGCGAUAUACGUAGAGCUCUACAAUGUUUGGGCUAUGCCAUGAACACCCCUGAGCCCAUAAUGAUCAAUCCAAAUUAAUAUUUAAUAACAUUUUGUGGAAUGUUUAAUUUUAGUUUGUUAUAAAAUGUUUAGUUUAACAUUAUAAAAAAAUAAUAAUAAAAUCACAUACAUACAUAUACAGUGGAAAACUAAAGAAA